AUGUAUCAGUCUGCCAGCUACAGGUGUAAAGACAAGGUCCGCGCUGGAGAGGAAGUGACAAGUGCACGCGCAAUGACACACGAUACCAUGCGCCAGCUCUGGGAAUUCAAUCGUAACUUCCCAAAGACUAGCAGAGUGGAGCCGACAACCCGAAAGCGCAAAGCUGAGCAUCCCGAAGAUUGGGCGGGCUAUCGUGUGCGUCAGAUGUUACAGCUCCUGUACACAAUCUCGAUGCUCUGUCUGCUCCGAUUCAACGAAGCUUUGAGGAUCAUGUGGUCAGAUCUCGAGAUGCUCAAGGACGACAAUGGUGCACGCUAUGUGAAGCUCAGUCUACCCUUCCGAAAGACAGCACAGUAUGGAGGGAUCACUCCAUUUUACCUCUAUCGCGACACUGAGCGGCCACAUAUGUGUGUCGUUACCGCGGUUGCCAAAUGGUGGAAUAUAUGUCAAGAGAUGCAGAUCGACACGUCGGGUUACGUGUUCUGUAAACGGGUUGGACGAGACGGGGUCAGCACGAGAGGCGCAGAUGCUAUGUCCAGCGACAACUUUGUAGAAUGCCUCCGCAACAACCUGCUCGACAUCGUAAUCGACCCGCGUCCUUAUGGGACUCAUUCGUUCCGUCGAGGUGGAUGCCAGUACCUUGCAAUGACCAUGCGGUGGCCGAUUCGUCAAAUCUGCACUUGGGGAGGUUGGGCUGAAAAUUUCGACAACUCGGGCACGAUUUUCAAGUACUUGGUGUCCUGGGUAGAUGCUCCGCUACUCGAAAGAAAGGACUACUUCAACCCAAUGCGGGCUCAAAGUGAUCCAUGUAGUCAGUGUGGACGAACAUGUUCAUGUGCGUAG